AUGGCUUCGCAGACGCAGGUGUUGAUUGCCCCAACGGGUCAGCGCCUGCAGACAGAUCUCUCAGAAGUCACCUCCCUCGAUGACUUCAAAGCAUGGGUAUCCAGCCAAAGCGGCAUUCCUGUUCACAACAUUGUAGCCCUCAACACCCAAGGCAAGACGAUCAAACUCCAGACGAUUAAGUCGGAGACAGAAGUAUUCAUUUACGAUAUCCGCGCCACCCAGGUGACAUCCCCUGGGGCCUCAACAGCCCUGACCUCCGAAUUCCCGUUACCAAAAAAAUACGUCCCGACGGCACCCCCGAACGCUAUCAACGAUACACACUCGCUUUCGUCAUGGCAAGCCCUGUUCAAGUCGCGGCGCGAUUGGGCGCUAGUCGUGGUUGGAGACUGCACGGCUAUGCUCAGUGCUAUCAACGAUCGCCACAGUGAGAUGGAUGUCAUGCUCAGGUGUCUGGAUGCGGCUGUUGCGAACCUCGAUACCGCCCUCAAGCCCAUCGAGCCCAAGUUUGUCGAGCUCAAGAAGUGGGCGACCCCGACCCAGCAGGACUACGAAAUGCUCACAAACAACUGGGAGUCAUAUCUCGAGCUUGCGCGCAGCAUCGACAUCUCUCCAGCCAUGAUGCGCUAUAUGACUGGUCGCGAUCUGCGCAAAGCACGUCAGGCGACUCUAGAAGACCUCGUUGAUCCCGAGACGUCACGCAAGGCUGGCAAGCUUGCCGCCACCUCCCUGCGAAAGUUCAACAGCAAGAUAGCGGACCUCGAGAAGAACGCCGACAAGAUGUUCAAGAGCUGUGACGAGCUGUUCCAGAGCUUUGACAAGCUUCUCAAUCGGUCGGUGAUGAAGCAGGCUGGGAAUUGCAAGGAGCUUCUCAGCGACAUCGAGGCGGUGGCCAACAAGGUGGACACGGACUAUCAAGCUACACUGCAGUAUAGUAGCCAGUCGCGUGAUCUGUCACAAGCCUCCAAGACUGCACAGAAUCACACACGACAGCUCCUGCCUAGUCUGCAGAAACGUGCUACUGAGAUGGACGAUCUCCUGCAAUACAUCACCGAGUCUCGCAACAGCAUCGCGGCCGAGUCCUUGAUGUUCAUGCGCACUAUUUCCGAGAUUACAAGCCUGCACUCAACGGUCAAGAAUCAGAUGAACGUCCUCAACCAGGGCGAAGAGGAGAUGACGACCUUUGACUACCUGCGCCUAAUUCAACAGCUACCCUUCAUGUACGCCUCGUUCGUGGCAGAAGCGGUCCGCCGCCGCGAGUGGGGCGACAAGGUCAAAACCGACUCGUCGACACUUGUCAAUGAAAUGGCACUGUUCCAAGAUGAAGAGUUGAAACGGCGGCGCAAGUGGCAGAAGAUGGUGGGCAGCACAUACGGGCCUGACAAGGCCGAAAACAACGUGCUAGGUCUCGAAGUCAACCUGCUAGGCGAGGAGGAUGUGUGGCCGAGCAUGUCCCGUCAAGACCUUGAGGAUUUCUUGUCCACGAUCCAGCGCCACAAGGCGGACCCUUCUGUGAUCGAGGACGUCACCAAGCUCAUCGAGGAGCUGCGGACACCAACGAAACAACAAUCGAAACGACUCAAGGCCUUCAAGAACGGAAGCAUGCAUGAAGCAGCGCUAGGAAGAAGUGGCCUAUUGAUUCGUGGGGACGACGAGCUGCUCCGAAGUCUGCAAGACGACAAAACCAAGCUGGAAGGCAAGCUCAAGACUGCAGAGAGUCGCGUUCGGAGGUUGGAAGAUCUGUUGCACAGACAGAGUCAAGCAUCUCGGCCCUCGAUAGGGAACUUGUUCCAGUCACACGACAGGGAUUCCUCCAGCUCGAUCAAGUCGCCUCGACCCCAAGAGGACAGACGGCGAUCAUCAAUCGAUGGUGCAGAAGCGCUCUUCCAACGUAUCGCGAAGCUUGAAGCGGAUCUCAAUGCCGAAAGGGAGAGGGCCGCGAAUUUGGAGAAGGAUGCCAAUGAACGCGCAGAAAUCCUGCAGCGAGACAUGGACCAUGCAAACCUUAUGAAGGUAGAUCUUCUAGGCAAUAUGGAAGCCCAGAAGAAAGAAUUUGUGGAGGAGCGCAAGUCGCUCGAGGAUGAGAUCAAGCAGCUCAAAGCCCGGAUCGAAGAGACCGAGGACGAGAUCGAACAUUACGGCGAGUCUCGCGAGAACGAGAAGCUGACAUUCAACGAACGCUUCCAUGCAUUAACGCUAGAUGUGGAGCGACUGAAUCGCGAGAAGAGGGAUGAGGCUCUCAAGACCCAAGGCCAGGUCGACUUCUUGCGGAACGAAGCGCGCGUUGAAAGGGAGCGGAAUGUCUCCCUGGAGAGGCAACUCCAGGAAGCACGAGAUGCCAUCAGAGCCUUGACCAAGCGCUGCCAGACGGCGGACGAGAGCACCGAGGCUCACACGCAGUCUCUUAGGGAUCUUCACAGCCAGCUGGCUCCUCGCACGCCUGCCCCGGCAGAUAUUGCUGACCUAAUAGAGUCCGUCGUCAGCAAAUCUAAUGACGUGCUCGUCAAGGUGCAAGCGCUAGAACAGGAUCUCUCGCUCAUGAAGGCUGAUCUGGACAUGGCACAAGGACAGGUCAAGGACACCAAGUCCGAACUGUCCACAACACGCGAAAAGCUUACGCAAACCGAGCUGGACUUUGUGCAUCUCCGAGAGAGCAUGGAUGAGGAGAAGGCGCGCUGCGUGACCCUGGAGGCAGAAGUCAAGGAAACCCGCGAUCAGCUUAACAGUCUUAGGACAAGGAUGACCGAGGGAGAGACUGGUUCCGAGACCUUGCGAAAGCAGCUGAGCGACGAGGAACAAAAGGUUGCAGACUUGAACGAGCAGCUGGCAUCCCGCCAGUCUCAGCUUGGGAGCCUCGACGAAGAAGUUCGCAUGUAUCAAGAAAGGCUCCAGUCGUCGGAAUCUCGACUUUCUGCUCUCGGCACUCGCCACGACGAGCGCAGUCUUCGCAGCAAAGAGCUGACGCAACGGCUCUACACGCAGAAUGAGCGACUGACACGUUUGUUGGAGCGUCUCAGCUUCUCGGUGUCACGCAAAGACGGCACGAUGGUGAUCCAGAAGAUCCCCAGAGCUGAAAGAACACCCCAAAAUCCAAACGACUCUUCGGACCCUAACAGCUCCACCAUCCGCCAGUCGAUGUCUCUGGCCAAUAACCCUAUGGCCGAUAGUGCAGAUCUCAAGCUUUUAUACUGGAUGAACGCCGAGAAUGCGCAGAUAGAAAGCGAUCAGUACCAGGCUUACAUGAGUGGGCCAGGCUCUUUCGAUAUCGACGCCUUUUCCGAUGCAGUAUACCGCCGCAUCAAAGAGGUCGAGCACACGGCACGGAAGAUGACACGCGAAGCUCGCGCCUAUCGCGAGCGUGCACACAAUCUGGCCAAAGACGCGCACGACAAAAUCGCAUUUCGGCACUUCAAGGAGGGCGACCUUGCUCUCUUCUUGCCCACACGAAAUCAAACCACUGGCGCAUGGGCUGCCUUCAACGUGGGAUGCCCGCAUUUCUUCCUACGCGAGCAAGAAAGCCAUCGCCUGCGCAGCCGCGAGUGGCUUGUGGCUCGGAUCACCAGGGUGCAGGAGCGUGUUGUCGAUCUGUCAAAAAGCCUGCAGUCAACGGGGGCCAACGCGUCCGAGGCAGAGACAGACUCGCUAAACACAACUGAUGACUUUGACAACCCCUUUGAUCUGUCUGAUGGACUUCGCUGGUGGCUGAUUGACGCGCAAGAAGACAAGCCGGGGGCUCCAUCUACCCCGGGCCUCGGCAAGUCUACGGUUGCCGCCAAUACCGUUGCAGCGGUGGCAGACAUGCAAGGCAGCCGCGGGGCCAAGAGCAAGUCGAAGCUGGGACGACCAUCUGGGAUUGAGGAUCUGAGUAAGACUCUGAGCAAGAGCCUGGACAGUCGGCGCAGCAGCACGGGCUCAAAGAAGGCGAUCCCCUUCGCGGUCGGCGCGAACGCCGCCACCAAAGGCAGUGCACUGGCCAGCGAGACAAACAGUCUUCGCGCAGCACCUGCCGAGUCACCUCUUUCCGGGACAAGCCCUGGAGCUGCUUCGCGGCAUCGAGACGAGGCAGACGCUACCGGCACUGGGGCGGGACGCGAGUUGGCCUCGGCCGUGGAAGAGAAUCGGGGGUCCGGAAAGAUGACGGCAGGAGCAGCUGCCACUGAGGCAGUGGCAGGAAGCAGAGGAAAUGACAAUGAGGUGCGGCAAAGUCACGAAGAGAUUGACACUCUUCUAGGUCCUUAG